AUGGUCUCUUUCAAGCCUCACAUCAGAGGCCCCACCUCUGGGAGCAGCGCCCCCGCAUCCCUCAGGCCCCAGCCUGCUGUACUGUCCCCUACCAGAAGAGGCACUGCGGGGCGGCACCCGCCGGUUCCCACAGCUCGGGGAAGACCCGGGCGGCGGCGGCUUAGCCCCGACCCCUCCCCUCCCGCUCCCUCCUCCUCCGGGUCUGAGGGCGGCGGCCUCCGACUCAAGACCCUGGGGCUCCGGGUCUUCUCAGCAGCCGCCGCUGCAGCCGCGGCGACGUCACCGUCCUCGCGGCCUCGCACACAGCGCUGUGGCCGCCGAAUGCCCGUGGACGCGCAUCUCUUCCCAGAGUUCCUGCUUCCUGGGCCAGCCAAAGCCGCAGUUUUAGAAGGAGAGAUUUGCUGUUUCAUAAAAGAAAUUGGGACACUAUAACUUUUUGUGUCUGGAAUAUAUUAUAGCAUUGGAAUAAGCUGUUCUUUGAAAGCUUGAAAGACUUUACCGGUACAAUGAUCCCCCUCUCCAAAUAUAAAAAGGUAAAAUAAAACGUUGGUCAGUGUCUGUUGCACAAAAAUACAUCUGAUAUUUACUUGUGUUUUCUUAGUUCUCUAGAA